AUGAAGUGGUUAUGCAUCCACGGUACCGGGUCCUCUGCCACAAUCUUCCAGGACCAGCUGGCCUCCGUCAUAUCGCACUUAGAACCAUCAAAGCAUGAGUUUUGUUUCAUCAAUGGCCCGUUUACGUCCAACUCAGCAGCAGGGCUGGAUCUCCGCUAUCCAGAUGGGCCCUACUACACAUGGUGGCAAAAGGCAGGCGUGGCCGAAAUUCGAGCUGCCUGUCACAAAUUCCAUGAGUUUCUGAGCAAGCAAGCCGAUGAACCGUACGAUGGAGUGGUGUGCUUCUCACGAGGAUGCCUCCUGGUUGCCAGUUACAUCUGGUUCCACCAGACAGAAAGACCAUCGGAGCCACUCCCUUUCAAAGCCGUCGUAUUCCUUUGCGGGGGACCAGUCUUGUCGGUGCUGGAAGAUUUGGGAAUGGAUAUUUCGGACAAAGCUCGCCAAUGGGAUAAGCAGACCAAGAUAGCUCUUCGUGAACGAGCAUCCAAGGAAGCGAUCCUCAAAUUGGGAAGGGAUCGAUGGACCACUCCCGGCGGAAAUGGCGAUAGGGAUCUGCAAAUUGACACAUCAGCUCCGAUUGACCCUUCUGAUGUGUUUGGAUUGGAUACCGUUCAGAUGCCUCGGAAUCUCCGCAUUGACAUUCCUACUCUCCAUGUGUAUGGGCGAGUCGAUCCUCGGUGGCCCGCGUCGUUGCAGUUGGUUCAUCUUUCUGAUCCUGCCCGGCGGCUGACUUACCAGCACGAGGGUGGACAUAAUAUUCCCCGAAGUUCUGUAGCAGCGGAAGGCAUUGCUCAACUGAUAAAUGAAUGUGCUCAGAUUGUGGAGAUGGUGGGUGCAGAUUCAUGA